AUGAACUUCUUCAACGCCCUCAUCCGCACACAUCACAUCACCUCCCGCAAAAAGAUAGCAACUCUCAGAAAAGCUGCAGAUACAUACAACUGCUAUGUCCUCCUGCGAACGGGCGGCUGUCCCGGUGUGAUGUACGUUGAGGCCCGGCGCGAAGAAGAUGUUUCUGCUUGGGUGAGUACAGUGCAGAGAUUACGGUAUAAGGAUUAUCAAUUGGUUGCGCGGCCGGGUGAACUAGUCGUUGAGGACUGUGAAGGAGGAGGAGGAAGGGGGAAGGGAAGGGAGGGGGUGCCUGUCGACGUUGGGUUGAGGGAGGUUGAGUCGAUGAAGGAGUUUGGGUUGAUUAUGCAGAGGCGCGGAGUCUGGGGGUGGUGGAGGAAGGGGAUGGGGUAUGCACCGCGGUAA